AAGCACAUCAACCAAAAUGUGCUUUUCCCUAUGUUGAUUAUUACAGCUCUACAAUUUCCUCCCAGUCAUCAUGGAUUCUUUACCUGGACCUCAUCAAACAAUAUUAGAAAACAUUAAUAAAGUUGAUGACUUUAUUUCUGAAAUCGUAAGAGCUCAUCAGGAAUCUCUCGAUCCCAGCUGUCCUCGAGAUUUUAUUGAUGCUUUUAUCAUCAAAAUGCAACAGGAGAAAGGAAAUACUCAUUCACAAUUCACUGUUGAGUCCUUGACCAGAAGCACACUCGACUUGUUCCUUGCGGGAACAGGGACAACCAGCACCACGCUGAGAUACGGACUUCUGAUUCUCCAGAAAUACCCGGAGAUUGAAGAGAAAAUUCACAAGGAGAUUGACAGUGUGGUUGGCCGAGACCGAAGCCCCUGCAUGGCAGACAGGAGCCAGUUGCCAUACACGGACGCCGUCGUCCAUGAAAUCCAGAGAUUCAUUGAUUUCCUUCCCCUUAACCUACCACAUGCUGUGACCAAAGACACCAUGCUCAGAGACUAUUUCAUCCCCAAGGACACUAUGGUAUUCCCUUUGCUGUCCCCCAUCCUGCAAGACUGCAAGGAAUUUCCAAAUCCAGAAAAAUUUGACCCGGGACAUUUCCUGAAUGCAAACGGUACCUUCAGAAGGAGUGACUACUUCAUGCCAUUCUCUACAGGAAAACGCAUCUGUGCCGGAGAAGGUCUGGCCCGGAUGGAGAUAUUCCUAUUUUUAACAACCAUCCUGCAGAACUUUUCUUUGAAGCCUGUUAAAGAUCGCAAGGACAUUGACAUUUCUCCAGUUGUCACCACUCUGGCAAAUAUGCCCCAAGAUUAUGAGGUUUCCUUUAUUCCACGUUAGCCAAGUAAAGACAGCUGCCAACUCCCAAAUUCAUGAGAACUCUUCCUGAAUGACACUCAUUGCCUAGUCUGAUGAGACUGAAACACUCUGAUCCUUUGCUAGAUUCGUUAGGGACAGAAAAGUUAUGCCUUUCUCUGCAAUCCUAGAAGGACGUGCACCACUGGAAAACCAUUUAGAUUCCCACACACUGCCCAAAUUAGGCACACAUCUGACUGUUUCUUUCACUCAUAUAUAAGAAAUGCAUUAUGGCUUUCAGACACGAUCUAGAAAACCUCCACUCCCACUACCAGUGCGGGAGAAGGCUGGACUGACCUUGCUGGACCUAUCAGAAUUAAAACUGCGAUUACAGCACUGCUCAUUGUGACAAAAAAGAGGGAAACAAAACUGGGAUCUCCAUGCUGCCAUUUACAAGCUGAAUGGCAGCCUGCACCUUCCCAUUACUUUUAUGACAGAUGUAAAGAUCGCUAAAGGAAUUUUACAAACCUCAGGUAAAAGGUGUGUAUGAGCUGACCCAGAUAGAUGUACAGAUGUGCAGGACUGGCAUUUCCCAGAUCGAUGACGUUCCCUGCAGUUUGUAACUUACUGUGUGUCACGGUAUUAUCUUAGGGUCUGCGUCUGUGACAAGGGGGACAGGCCCGAAAGAAAAAAAAAAAAAAAAAGAAGAGAAAAGAGGAAA